AGAAUUAGUGGAUUGACAGUCGAUGCUCUGGAUCGUGCACUACGCCGAUUGAUCAAGCGAGACAAAAACUGGUUAAGAUUAACUCAGGGCACGCAGCGAAUGGGUCAUCCGGCAGGAAUCUCAUAGGCAUAGGGGGCCAAGCACGGAGAAGAAUAUCAUAAAUCCAAUCUCGAAGAUCAUUGAUGUCAAAACGUCAAGCGAUGAAGAAGAGGAAUAGACAGAGGCAAGGAAGGCUGCAGCAACAAAGAAGUUGAAAGAAGUCAAGACCUGAAACAGAAGCGGAAGCGAUGUCAGACACCUCAGAACGCUACAGCACAAUCAUUAUCUUUACAUGAAAUGCACGAAUAUUUGCGUGGGUAAAUCAAAGAUUUGACCUUAGAUCAAGCCCAAGAGGUGGAGAGUGCAGUGGAAUUCAUACAAGACAUGUUCGCUUCUGUUAUUUCAGUACGACCUGUGGAACAGCUAUCACCGGAACGAAGCUACGAGCUGGAGUUGGAGGAUGAAAAAGCUCGGUGAAUGCUACAACAUUUUCUGACUGAGGCUUAAAAUGAAACGGCAAUUUUACGAAAAGGAAGAGCAAAGAUGUUUGAUUUGAUGCGGGCCAUCUAUGAAUCAAGGAAGAGCCUGAUCGAGACAUUAGAGUUCACGGAGGAAGCAGCGAGGGCGAUACCUAAGGCAACGACAAAUCUUUGGAUGGAAAAUCUCGUGAUUGCUACAAGAAGGAUCAUGGAAGACGAUGAAAUGAACGGAAGAGCGAAGCCGUCCACAUUCAGGUUUCUUAAGCUCAAGUUAUCAACCAAACGAGACCGAACAGCUCAAGCAAAUAUGUGAAGCUCGCUCUGGAUUUCCAUAUGCACUGAGACAACAAACUGAAGCGAAAUGGAAGGUGGUUUCUGGAAGGAACGAUACUUGGCAUGGCCAAGCUUCCUGUUCUCCGGAAGUGAGUAUGCAUGAAUGAGGCGCUAAGUAUGAUUGAGAACAAGGCGCAAUCUAAUGCUCAUGUUGCCAGUGUAUUCAGACUUUUAGUUUCACGAACGAGCUCUUUUUGGGCAGUAAGAAUAGUGAGAAUGAUUUUUAAAGGUAACACAGAUGCUACAAGAGGACAAGGACAUCUGCUAUGACAUAGGACACUCUACUUUCGAAGUCCACACUGUCCGCAGCAUCUAGAGGGAAAACGGUUCUGAGAACAAAAAUAUUAGUGCAUCACGUCAGUAUGAACAGAGUAUCUUCUUGCUUUGCGUGUGGAGGAGAUGGACACAUGCGAACGGGAUGCAACAGGUCUGACAGAGAUUAGAUGAGACAGUAUAGUAUUAUAUUAAACGCGGCAGAUAUUGCGGCAUUGCCAAGACAGACAUCAACGGUAACCAGCUUGGAAGAGCUGGGUCUAAGCUUAACAACAAGAAGAACACUAGAAAACUACAACCCAGCAAUCAAGUGAGAUGUCAAAGAAUAUUGUGAGAAGACAAAGGAGAUUGAGCCACCAGAAAAAAAGUUGGCGAAGAGUACAAACAAAACAGUCAUGUCCGAAUGGAAGAUGGAAGUCGAGUCAACAACAGAGAUGCCAACAAAAGAAAGUGAGAACGCAAGCACGAAAAGGAGAAGAAGGAGCAAAUAAAUAUAAAAACAAUAGGAAACAUAAAUGAAGACAACAUAUAGACAAGCAAAAGUUGAAAAACAAGAAGAAAAAUGCGAUAUUGCCAAGGAUGUAUAGGACAAACUAAGGGAAAAAUAUAAGCAAUGGAGAAGAUUCAAAGAUUGACAGCCAAACAAAUCAAGGAGAAAGCCAGAAACUGGAUCUGAUGAGCACAGCAGGUUGUUUAAAAGUUUAGUCACAGGAGACAAAAGGAUAGACGUGCUUCGACGGACUUAAGAAAAUAAAAACGUCAGCAACCGGAGAUUGUCAAAAUUACGCCAUUGUAAUGGCAUCACCGCAACGGAGAUUUGACUCAGUGGAGCACUUGAAACCUGACAGCCAAUCUCAAAAAAGAAAUUAUAGCAGCGGCCAACCUUUUUUUCGACCGGAUGACAUCAGAGCGGCACAAAGGGACAGCUCACGCCAGGUCAAUCAGACACAUCGCUCAGUGAUUUUCUUCAAGCCUUGACCAAACAUCCUCCAAACGAGUGGAUUACGUGGAUCACAGUUAUUGGGGAUCGGUGAUGAAUCUAAAAAUGAAAGCAAAAACUACGUUUACGUGCUGGAGGCCUCGAAAUGGCAAGUUUUGAGAUUUUGACCCAACAGCAGAUGUUUAAAACGGUCGAAGAAAGAAAUUUCAACACUGAAGCCGCAGCGGGUUGGAUCGAAAGUAGUCAAAAGCCUGACAGCAGGCUUGACAUUAAAGCAAGAUAAAGAUUGCACCUCAAGAAAAAUAUUAGGACAAGGCGGAUACAGAAGACCAAUGGAAGAUGAGGUAGGGGGUAACUCAAGACUUCAUACUGGAAAAGACAACCGGGAUUGUAUUAAUUCUCUUCUUGCUGCCUGGCGCUCUUACUCCUGUCACAUUUGGGAUCCUGUAAAUUACUUGUCGAAGUGUAUCCACCGCUAAUAUAAACGACAGUAAUGCUAGUAGACAUCCUUGCUCUAAUCCCAGAUCGUAUGCUCCAUUUGAAUGAGAGACUACCAUUCACGAGAAAUUGUGCCCUAGUUUUUUCAUGAAUAAUGGUCGAUGGCUUGUGUUGUUACUGCUUCAGUGAUUAGUUCCAUACAUGUCUUCUCCUUACAGCGUUAAUCGUUGAAAAUUCCUCCAUCAUUUUUUGGGGCCUUCUAUUCGAUAUUGAUUAAUAACUCCUCCUUGCUGCCUUGUGUCUGCUUACUCUCCCAUUUGCUAGUUCUCGUACUUCGUGGUGAUAUGCUUCAUGCGCUGCAUCCAUGACACUUACUUUUUGUGUUGCCAAAAUUGCUUCUUGUUUGACGUAAAAUCAAUCUACUCUACUAGCUUCAUCUCUGCCCCAUCUUGUGAAGUAGUGCAUGGCGUCAGUCUUCUUCGUCUAAAUCAUGAUGCAGUUUAACUCCAUCUGUCAUAUCGUAUCUGUCCACGAGAUGCCGCAGAAUCGGGCUUUCACAUGCCGCUGUGCUGGGAAUACGGUUAGAGAUGCAAUCCCGGUUUGGUCUGAAUACACAGUUGAAGUCCCCUUCAGUAUAAUUGUGUCAUGUCGUUUCAACCACGGUCCCAAAUCUUUUGAAAAUGGUGGUUGGUCUUCUUUUUUGCGGGUACAUACACAUUGAUGAUCAGCCAGUCAUCCAUUUCCACUGCUAUGACUCUGUCCAAGACUCGUGAUUCUGCGUUUCACUCUAUCACUAAUUACUGGUGAUCCAUCCCGCUAGACCGAUUUUGUGUUAAUUGCCAGUAACUCAGCGGAUAUUCCGUUUUCACUUGCCAUACCGUUUCCAUUGCGUAUUCAACUCCUCUUUUGUUCUGCGAUGGAGGUUAGUAUCUUGCACCAGUAGCAUGUCUAGUAUUGGUUUUCCUCUUCUUCUCCCCCAUCCAUUCAACCAUCUUCGUCUGGAUGCUUUCGCGAAUCAUCACAAAUUCUGCGUUGCAAGUGUCUUUCGUCGGUUCUGUUUCUUCAAAUUAUGAUGCUUUAUUCUGAUCCUAAUAGUUUUCACCUAUCGGAAAUUUUCAAACUUUGAUUCAGUCGAAUCCCAUGUGUGCAAAGUCAACUGGUCUGAAAUUCAGGCGAGAAUAAUACCUUCCUGACUGGACCCUAGGUUCGUAUUAAUCUUAGCCCAAUAACAGUCUGCUCAAUUGCUGCUUCCAGCUCCGGCGACGUCUCCAUUGCUUCAAAAAGUGUUUCCACAUACUUCAGGAUCGAAGACCAUCUUGACCAGCUUUUCUUU